UCAAAUCCAACCAACCCACCACAAAGCCACCUGUCUGUCUAUUUUGGGCUCUCAUUUCCAUGGCAUCGCUACCCAUCAUCGACUUCAGCCACUGGCUCAACGGAUCCGUCGAGGACAAGAAGCGAGUAGCACAUGAUCUCGCCGGAGCAUGCCGACGCGUGGGCUUCGUCUACAUCAUCAACCACGGCGUGUCCGAAGACCUUCUCCAGGAGGCCUUCUCAUGGUCCAAGAAGCUCUUUGAUCUUCCUUCGGAAGACAAGAUGCGAGCACCUCAUCCACCAGGCCCAGAGGUUCACCGAGGCUACUCCUGGCCGGGCCUCGAGAAGGUCACCCAGUACGUCCACGAGGACGGGGCCGACUCGGACGACGAGGACGCACAGCUGCGCCAGGUGCAAGACUGCAAGGAGUCAUACGAGAUCGGGAGCGAGACACUGGCAUCCCAGCCCAACCAGUGGCUGCCAGAAGAGGUUCUGCCCGGCUUUCGGGAGUUCACGACAGGCUUCUACUGGUGCCUGUUCGACACGGCCAAGGAGCUGCUCAAGGCGAUGGCCAUCGGCAUUGGGCUCGAUGACGAGAGCUUCUUCCUGCGAUACCACAGCGGGCAGAACAACCAGCUGCGGCUGCUGCACUACCCUCCCGUCGAGACUGCCAAGCUGUCGAGUAAUGCUCUGGCGAGGAUGCCGGCGCACUCAGACUGGGGGUCCAUCACGAUGCUGUUCCAGGAUGAUUGCGGUGGGCUGCAAGUCGAGAACGUUGAGCAGCCCGGUGAGUUUGUGGAUGCCACGCCUGUGAAAGGGGCUCUGGUGAUGAACGUUGGCGACCUGCUGAUGCGGUGGAGCAACGACUAUCUCAAGUCAACACUGCAUCGCGUCACUGUGCCACCUGUUGCUGCCGACAGGCCUGCAGCAGCAGGGGAGGCCAUGACCAAAGCUCGAUAUUCUAUCCCAUAUUUUGUCGCUCCUGAUCCAGCAUCAAUCAUCGAGUGCAUUCCGGCAUGCGCAAGUCAGACGAACCCUGCCAGAUACCCCCCAAUAAGGCAGGACGAGUAUCGUAAGAUGAGGGCCAAGCUUCAGUACAGAGACAAGCCUGAGAAGCCUGCGACGCCUGUCACCGUUGCCUAGAGUCUUGCCAGCCUGUAUCAAUCGAGAAUAGGUUUAUGUAGGUAGCGGUGUUUUGUUUUCAUUGGGUGACCAGACUAUAUCAUAGCUCGAGGGUUCAUUUUCCCCCUUCUUUCUUCAGAGCAGCAGCAGCCGCACACUCCAGAGCCCAUCCAAAGCAUCUAGCAUACCAACCCUGAGCCAGAUAACUCAACUCAAUAC